CGCCGUCUGACUCGCAGGCAUGUCCUACAUUGCUGCUGUGCUGCUGAUGCACUUGGGGGAGGAGGAAGCCUUCUGGGCCCUGACCGCUCUCCUGGACCAGCCCAAGUACCUGGCCCAGCUCUUUGACCUGGAGCUCACCCAGGUCCAACAUCAGGUCCGAGUGUUUGAGCAGUUCCUGAGACACAGAAAGCCCAAGCUCUCCCAGCACCUGGAGUCGCUGGGAGUCGUCCCCUUCCACUUUGUGAUGCCGUGGUUCCUCUGUCUCUUCACCUCGCUGCCCUGCUGGGACUCGGUCCUGCUCAUCUGGGACCUGGUCGCCCUGCGCGGUCUGUCUGCCCUCUUCCACGCGGCUCUGACCAUCGCUGACCUGCUGGAGUCUCGCCUGAUGGAGCAGAGGGAGGAGGGCGCGGUGCUGCCUCUGCUGCUGCGCGUUCCUGUGGACGUGUGAGUGAAUCCAUUCGUGCUGCCACGCGCUGCAGGGUCAGCAGGACCUGGCUCCUGUGACGCUGAAGACCCACCGGUCCUCCAGAGGAGCGGCCCCCCUCUGGGACGCUGUCUGCCCCUGGGUUCUUCAGCCUGAGGCCACAGAGUGACGGGAGACUGGAGCCUCUGACGCGGGACUGGUCUCAGGACGGGAGCGUCGGCGCUGGCCCGGGGGCUUCAGCACUGGUCGACCUCUGAGAUGCAAGUCCCGGGUGGAGAUGUUUCUGACUGGAGUCUGCUUCUGCAGAGCCCGGGCCCCUGCGUCCCGACGUGGAGGUGUCACGCAGACGGCUGUUUUGGUGGCCCACAGCCAUCGUCAUGGCAACUCGGCAGGGUCCCUGGGUUUGUGUCCGCAGACCGACGAGAUGAACUGGUCCUUGUUGGUGCUGUCCAGCCCACGUGACUGUGUUCUGGAAGGUCCUGCACAAGUGAACACCAGAGGUGGAACGUUGCCCCCGGUGGCCAGUCCAAACAGGAAGUGAGGGGUGCGGUGAGGCGCUGGGCUGCCCUGGUACACACGGCAGUCUGGUGGCGUCCCAACACCUGUGUGGCUGUUGAAUCAUGCAGAGUCCAGGCUUGUUCCUCUGGUGGAGAUGCUUG